UGCUUCGAUGUAUGUUCAUUGCCUUGCCGCUGUGCGGCCUCCUCGCCGUCUGCGGUGCCACCGUUCUGAGACGGGACCAGGCGACCGUUGAUAACGAGGGUGUGCUUGAUAACGGGGUGCACGGGAAUUCCACGGCGUGCGCGACUGCCGAGGAUGUCACGGGAUGUCAGCUGAUCAGGGUGGCGAGGAGCAUCGAGGGAGAUGUGGACGGUCGAGGGGAUGGAGAGGUGAGCGCGCGGAGAAAGAAGAACAGAGGAUACUGGAAGAUGUUGCUGUACUUCCUGGGAGCGGGGAAGCUGACUACGCUUUACGUAAUUCUCAACGCGGUCGCUGCGAUCGCAGCGAAGGCUCUGGUCGUUGCCAAAGUGGCGCUGGCUAUCGCCACAGCGAUCGCACUGAAAAAAUCCAUAGAUCACAAGGAGAAAGUAUCGUACGAGAUAAUCAAGCAUCCUCACCACUCGUACGAGCACACCCACAGCUCGAGUAUCGAUUUCGAUCAUCAUAAUAAUUUUGGGGAGAACGACAUUGGUUACCGGAAGCGACGAACGGCCUACCGGUAGUGUCUAGCGUUUUGCCUACCACGUGAAUUAUGUAUGGUUCAUGUGAAUCGUUGUUUAUUCCCCAAAUUGAAUUUUAUUAAGAUCAAACUGCAUCGAUUUUAGGAAAUUUACAUAGCAAUUAGCUCGACAGUCAAAUUGUUAUUGAUAUUAACAGAAAUCAUUCACAGAAUCGUGUGAAAAUUAGAUUUUUAAAGUACAAAUAUUUAAAUAAAGUAAUGGAAUAAUAGUUGUUCUUAUUUCCUGCGACAUCAACAGUGUAUGUUCUAGUGUUCAUUUGAAGCUUCCUUAGCUAAUUAACAACGAUUCUAUAUAAUUACAUUCACGUAAUACAAAGUAACUGAAAAAUGCCUCGAAAGUUCCCUUUCUCAUUAAGAUAUCCAAUUUAUUUACAUAAAUCUCCUAAUGUACACAAUACCACUAAUUACAUAAGAUACUUAAUAAAAUUCUCAUCGACGAUGCAAGAUCAAACACAAUGGUUUCUCGUACAAUAUUUAUUUACCACUCGUCGUACGCAAUUUUUAUACAACACACAUACAAGAGCACGGAUCUGCUAGGAAAAUAAAUGUUAACUUUGGUACAGCUCAUACAGUUAUUUAUAAAAU